GACGAACUCUGACCUUAUGACGUCAGUUUGAGCAGAGCGCGCGAGGGUCAAGCUCAAAACAGCAGCAGCCAAGUUGGAGUCCCAACAAAGUGCCCUUAUCACCGAUGGCCACCAAGGUUUUAUCAUGUGUGAAAGAGUUUUUUAAUACACUCAGGGCUCUUCAAGAAGAUAAAAACAAUGAUUCGUGCACUUAUGAGGAUGAAAUCCGAAUAUGGAAGAAGGAUGGAAACAGAAUUGCAGCGCUGAGUUUGGACUACGGGGACCAGGAAGUCUUUAUUUGUGAAAAAACAGUUCCUAAACUGAACGACUCUGGUGAAGAAUCGUCGUUUGAGACAUCAAACUGCACUGAUGGCGAUGUGUUGACUGCGCUUCAACCGGAACUGGCACCACAGCCUCUCACCAUCAGAAAAGCAAGGCAGCUGCUAUCUUGGUACACGUUAUCUCAAAAUGCCAACGUUCAUUCUGUGGAUGAUCCUGCGCUGCGCCCUUUGUGGGUACGAUGUGACAUGUCAGAUCCAGCUCGUACAAUCUGGUUUGGAGCUGAAGGUGUCUGUGUGGCCAAUAAAGUUUGUGGUGUCAAAUUAUACUCUGUCACAUUCACAGGCCCUGUUGUGAACAAAAGCGCACUCAUAACUUUAGAUGAGCUAAAAAGAGAGCACAAGAAAAGGCACCACCCAUCCACGAUGGCAAUUAAAGGAAAUGCCAAGUUCGUCCUGCUUGGCUCAACUGUCGUUGAAAACACUACAAUUGAAUCACAAAGUAGCGUGACAGUGGAUUUCACGUGGAGCCACGUUGAGAGUGUCCUUGAGACACCCCCGCUGUCUUCUACAGCCACACUAAAUAUCAAAGUUGCUAGUGGAGACACGAGGACCCCAAUGUUUGCAAUGUUCAGGGAGCUACAGUUUCUUCAGAUUCUUGCUGAUGGCUUGAGAACUGGUAAGAUGGAGUGGUUGGAUCCUUUGGAAAGCAAGUCGGCAGUGGAUCUGACCAAGGAAUACCUUGAAGAGCUACAGAGCCCCAUAAAGUUGCAACAAGAACAGGCUUCCAAACCAGCAGAGACAAACCCUGAAAGCGACCCUCCACUUUUUAACUCUUUACUGGAACGAGGCGAUUUGGAUUUUGUGGAGCAGCUGUGGGUUCACAUGCAAAAGAGUGUGACAUGCUAUCAAGACAUUGGAGACAGCUUGAAAUUGGUCAUCGAGGCCCUGACUUACGGUUACAUCAAGCCUUGGAUUCACAGAGACAAUAGCAGCUCUCUCAGCAAGCUCAUCCUGCAGUCCUACCACCAGAAGAUCGAGCGUGUAUCGCUUACAGGCCUCACGCCUGUCCAAAUGUUGUUAGAAAUGGGCCUGGACAAGAUGAGGAAAGAUUACUUCAACUACCUCAUUGAGGAAGAACUGACAACGGCAAACAACUUGUGUUAUUACCUGAGCACAGAGGUUGAUCUUCAGGAGCAGUUUGUCCGAUUGAAGAAACUGCACCAUCUGCUGGAAAUAGUUGUGACCUGCACCACAUUCCUGGGUUUGCCCAAGGACAGACUCUUACUCCUUACAAAGUUGUGUUUACAGCACUACAAAAUAUCCCCCUAUAAUGAGAAGCAUGAGUUCAAACUGAAAAUCAAACCGGAAUUGAUCACUCAUUUCUACCAGAAAGAGCAUCCAGCGGUGUGGGGAGUGGACGUGUCAAGUGGGCAAGGGCCUCACAAGGUCACAACAUCCUUAAAAGUCAGUGACAGACCACUGGUUGAUCACGUCAUCUCAGAAGGUGAUUAUUCAAACGAAACAGCGAACGAUGACAGCACAGAGCCUGUCUGCUUCUCCACCUUGGUGUGCUGCAGCCUUGUCAACUUUGCCUGAAUGUAACACAACAUACCAAUAGAAGAGGUGUUUUUUUUCUCAUUAGUGUUCUCUUUAGGUUAAGUAGCACCGCAAACCUCACAGGAUUUAGUUUUUUGCAAGUCCUACAACCAAAACAAGGCAAUUGGGGAUAUUUCACAGCAAUGUUUUAAUGGGAAGAUUAAAAAUUUUGCAGCUUUGUUAUAGCAAACACUGUUUCCACAUCAAAUUGAAAUUCAGUCAAAAUAACAUUUUUAUGUUAACACACAAUCCAUUAAAUAUCUGUUCCACUUC